AUGCCCAUUGAUUUCUUUCCCCCGCCACCCGACACCUCCCAUCCCGGCCCUCCCAGCAACAACAUCCCAGUCGCACCACCGCCAUGGUCCCUCAAAGCUAAGUCGUGGGUAUUCCUCUACCGUGACCCCGGCAAUGAUGCCGCUUCGCCGUCAUCUUCUGAUGCAGAGCAACUCAAUCCAAAUAACUGCGAGGACGUUCUCCAGGGCGUACUUGCGUAUGGGUCGUACCAUCCUUGUGAAAAUGUGCAUCCGGACGCGCUGCGAAAAAUCAACGGAGACCAGCCACAGGCCAUCAAGACUCAGCUUAUGCGAUCCGUUAUCAUUGUGCGAUACGCGGAGUCCCCUGUCGGCCCAUAUGACGAACUUAUUAUUUCGCCGGGGUAUUUCACCAAUCCUCAUACAGGUAAAAGACAUUUACGGAUUACGAACAUCUACGUGUCCACAAAUCAAAGUGUUUGGAACGGGCGGAGGAACUGGAAUAUCCCAAAGCAUCGUGCCCGUUUUGAAUUUGAACCUGUCGGGAAACGCGAUGUAGUUAUCAAGGUAUAUCACCCAGAAGACUCUCCAGCGCCUCUGGAUUCCGAAAAGCCAUUUUUCGCUGCAACAUUGCAGGGAUCUUGUCUGCCAAAAGUACCGUUGCCAAAGCUAGCACCACUAGGCCUGGAGCAGCCCCCUUUGGCGCGGCCGAGAUAUCCUCCCGGUGUGGAGGAGGCGGUUAUUGCGACUGAUGAUCCAGCGAAUGGGUCCCAAAACCCGUGGCUGUUAUGCUACCCUUCUUGGAGUGGCUCAUGGGGUUUGUCAUACAUCUCCAAGUUGGCAGCGUUGUCGGUGGAAGAUCAUUUGGAGUGGUAUGGCGACGGGAUUAGUUUCCCGCAGGUGAAGUUCUGGUCGGUGGGUGCUUAUUUUGAGGGAAUUGUUGGAUUCGGAGCGUCCCAGAUUGUCAGUAAAUAG